GACACACUACGUAUUUCCAUCCCAACAAUCUCUCUCAGGUCCUCCAAGUCGGAGGCUUACACGUGCGGUUGCUAAGCAACGGCUGUGGGCGUGGCCCUUUGGGCAUAAAGAGUCGGAGCCCCGCCCUUGGCGGACGCGGGUAUUUCAGGAUCUUGCUCUUUCAAGUCCUCCCCCUCAACUUUCUCAAUGGGCGGGGCUACGACGGCAGCUGUCACCUCCUCUCCGCCCCGCUGGCUCUCACUUGUGUCCGGGUCUUCGAUAGCAGCUCUUUUUCCGGGACUUCCUGGUCGCCGUGACCAAUCAGAGUGUUGUUUCCGUCCUUGCCGUGGUCGGCCCGCAGGCCUCGGCGCUCCUCUACCUACGCCUCUUAAAGGCGCCGCCAACGCCUCGGGAGCCCGGGCGCACCAAUUCCUCGGUUCCUGUUCCCAGCUGCAGUAUGGAGGCGUCCCACGGGCGGCCUGGGCCCGAGUCAGACCUUCUGACUUUGGGGAGACAGCGAGCCGCGGUCUUCGGCGGCGGGCCGGGCCGAGCGCCUUCUGAACCGCCCGCAGGCUUCCGGGUGUCGCGAGAGGAAGAAGCCGAGAACGUUGGAGGCUCGAGCCGCCACGCCAGGGCGUCCCCUAAGACUUCGAGCUACGGCGUCGUCCACUGGCCCGGACCGGAGGCUCCGGAGAACGAGGUCGGCCGCACAGUGAUGCUGUGUGGACCCGGGAGCCACCCGGGAGCGCCGGAUCCCGAGCACAACCCGCACGGGUCUUCCAUCCGCCAGGACCCCGAGCCGCCCGAGGACAAGCCUGUGUCCGAAACGAUCGGCCGUCGAGGAGGCCCGGGAGGCGGCGGGAUGGAUGUUGAGCCGGAGGAGGAAGACGACGAGGGGGCGGCCGGCCGGGCUGGCAGAUCGUUCUCCAGCCGACUCCAGGACAGCCGCAGCCUGGACGGGCUGAGCGGGGCGUGCGGCGGCGGCCCUGGGUCCCCAGCGGCUGCGGAGUCCGGCGCGGGUGGCGGGCGUCGCGCCACCAUCUCCAGCCCCCUGGAGCUGGAAGGCACGGUGAGCCGCCAGGGCGACCUCACCCAUUUUGUCGCCAACAACUUGCAACUCAAGAUCCGUCUGAGCAGCACCUCUCAACCCCCGCCCCCUGCUCCUGCGCCGCCCUGUUCAGCGCCCUCGUCCACCCCGGCCAUCCCCCCCAUCGACCCGGACGUGCUGCGGGACCUGGAGCGGCUGAGUCGGGAGCUGGGCGGCAGGGUGGACCGUCUGCUUCGCGGGCUGGGUGGCGCGGUGCAGGAGCUGACAGCCCUGAGCGUGGGCUGCAUCCAGACCUACCGCGACGCCGUGGACUCCCUAGGCGAAGCCGUGGACAUGAGCAUCAAGGGGAUGUACACCCUGCUGGCGCGCUGCGAGGAGCUGGAGAGGGCUCUGCAGCCGGUGCAGGGGCUGGCGCGCCAGGUCCGGGAUAUCCGACGCACCCUGGAGGUGUUGGAGGCUCUGUGCAAGUGACCAGGAGGGCGAGAGAGACCAGGCCAGGGCCCAGUAGGAUCCUAAGGACUCUUCAAGAUGCAUUUAGCAGGCCGGCGGCCACUCGCUGGGCCGUACGCAGGUGUAUCUGGGAAGUUCUAAAGGCUUUCCUGGUGGGAGGUGAUGAUGCUCAGCUUCUAUUCAGUUGGCCAUCUGUAGCUACGUUGUUUUCCUCAGCUCUUCUCUAACUAAAGCACCGUCCCUGGGAACCCAGGGCUUCAGGCCUGGGCUUGAGAGACAUGCUAGGUGGGAUCAAGAAAGGGGAACAGAGGCCCCAGCCCCCACUGUGGCCACUCUGACUCCAGUAUCACAUCUCAGGUGCCAGGAGCGAUGGGAGUUUGAGAGGUCCUUGGUCACACACCGUGCAGACAAGGAUGCACACCUGCAGAUGGAUAGCCUCCUGCCUUUGCCCACUGGCCCCCUACCAUCCCGUUUCAGCCAGACCAGGGUGGAGCUAGAGGAAUGCAUUGCAUGGUAGAGGGGGUGAGUUGGGAGUGGUCUCACUGCUCUCAGGAUUCAGUAGAAUUGUUGCUGGUUUUGAAGCCCACCUGUUGUGGAGUGUUCUAAUCAGUUUUAACUUUCUGAGUUUUUGUGGAAUUAAAGUGCUGCUGCUGCUGCUGCUAAGGCUGAAGCUGUGUCUGUGUGGCGUUACACGGAUUGAGGAGCCAAAAAGAAUGGGAAUAAGGGUCGGUCUUUUUCGUGGAGCUCCCUUGGGGUCGGUGCUGGGAGUGAGGUGGGGGACCCAGGCCAAGUGGGGAAGGAUAUCAUUCCGGCUCUUAGGCGUCAGGUCUGAGGGGAACUGCAGGACACAAACAUGACCCAGAGAUCCGAUAAAAGCAGAAACGAAGCAAGGUGCUCCAGAAGAGAAAAGGAAGGGAUUGUCUUCUCAGAUGCUAACACGCCUUAGUCCGGGAGGGACUGGGUGAACUGGACAUUUUAUCUGUGGAGAAAGAUGGGGGACACUUGUUAGCUCCAUUCCUGAUCCCAUUUCCCACACUGCACUGAUCAGUGCCGCAUGUAUGGUUUGAGACAAUCUUUGUUCCAACCCCUGGCACCCUUCUGUUUACAGCUCACAUAGAAAGUUCCAGCAGCCACCAUGUUAUGAUCAGAUUUAGAAAGAGAUCACAGAAAGACAUCCAGUUUUGUUUUAAAACACUAGCACUUUGAACUGUGCCUCAACAAGUUUCCCUUUUGAAUGUAAAGAAUUCCGGGGGUGGAAAUGUUCUAGGAGCCUUUUUAAAUUCAACCAGUGAAAACUGUUAAAAAGGAUUACUUACUGGCCCGUACGGGGAUCGAACCCGCGACCUUGGCGUUAUUAGCACCACGCUCUAACCAACUGAGCUAACCGGCCAGUGGUGCUCUGGGCUUCCAUAUAAUACUAUAUAGAAUUUACAAUGCGUUCUGCUGGAAAAAUUAAAGAAUGAGUAAGAAUAAACAGAAUUCGAAGACUAAAUUACCAAACAUUACAAGUAUAAGCUGCUCUUCUCGCAGUCUCAGCAAAAGACACUACCCACUGAGGCACCGCUGGGAUUCGAACCCAGGAUCUCCUGUUUACUAGACAGGCGCUUUAACCAACUAAGCCACGGCGCCUAGUGCUGCGGCAUGUGGGAACCUCAUUUCUUGGCCAGGUCAGCUCCAGAGCAGGUAAGUUAAUGUCCAGUGCUGUUUUAGAACCAAUUUUGCCCAAACCGGAAAAUGCAGAAGGGACGAAAACCCCAACUGUUAGCGAGAAUGAACGAGUGACACGGAAAUUGAAUGUGGGCAAACGGAAAAUAAGAGAAAUUCUUACUUUCGGAUUACAAAAUUUGACAUAAACGACUUAGAUCGACGAGGAUGGGAUUCGAACCCACGCGUGCAGAGCACAAUGGAUUAGCAGUCCAUCGCCUUAACCACUCGGCCACCUCGUCCACGAGAACUCAGCCUCGUCUGUUUCCUCUGAGGUCUGAGCUCUUACUCCACAAUUAAAAAAAAAAAAA